AUGGGUUCACGCUCAUGCCUUGGGCGAGGAUUGGCCUGGUUGGAACUACGGUUGACCCUGGCAAAGCUUUAUUACCGAUACGAUCUGAAGCUGAUGGACGAUGAGGUGGAAUGGCACAGGGACGUGGCCAUGCAUCUCCUGUGGGUUAAGCCCAAGCUCAUCACGCAGGUGCUUCCACGGGCGAAGUGA